UUCAGAACUAUCAUCGACGAGCUAGCUCGCUAUCGGUUUCUUAAAAUGAUACAUAGUACAGAAACCCUAGCUCUGGUUAUAACCGGUAUCAUCUCGACGGGGACGGCGGGAAGCGCAAAGAAUCUCGCUAAUAACAUAAUCGUCCGAAGCGGGGCUCUUCCACACAAAACGAGAAGGUCGACGCGUACCUUGUCUCCCCGGCGUAUUCAGUACCAGUGGAAGCCAGCGAACGGCUUUUAUAUCGCCGACUAUUUCGUUGCAAUGAUGAUUUUCACGUUAUAGGCCGUAGCAAAAGUGCCCAGAGACAAGUGAGAGUGGCGGAGUGUCCGUGAUGAAUGAUGAUACCCAACGUAUCCUUGGGUCUCUUAGGUCUGUAAAUCCCCUGAAUUUAAGAGUGGGUAGAUUUUAGUUGGAGUAGCGUUAGCUUACCUAAAAGCAGUAUGCCG